AUGUCGGCAGGUGCAGUGACUGCUCAGCCACUGCCUUCUCCAAAGGCUGGCCUGGGUGCCGCGAUGGCUUUCGCGCCUCCUGCCUCCUCAGCUGCAGGCGUCCUCGCGCUUCUCCACGAGCGAGACUCCGCCCUGCAAGCUGCAUCCCUUCACCGCCUCCUCCAAAUGAUUGACGUCUGGUGGACUGAAAUUGCAGACUACCUCGCAGAUAUCGAGGCGUUGUACGAAGACGAGUCUUUCGCAGAGAGGCAGUUGGCAGGCUUCAUCGCCAGUCGCGUUUACUUCCACUUGGAGGAGUACGGAGAGGCGCUGAAGUUCGCUCUGGGCUCCGGAAACUGGUUCGACAUCACUCAAAAGUCUCUCUACGUCCAACGCAUGCUCGCGGAGUGCGUAGACACUUUCAUUCGAAAUGGACAGCGCGCCUUCGUGCCUCAGCAGCUCGCAGCCGGUCGCCAGGUGUCUGUGCAGCUUCCAGAAAUUGACAUGGAAGAGGACCAAGACGCGGCAGCUUCUGCAGCUCUGAACGACGCAGUGGAGGGCGUCGUCAGGCGCCUGCUGGAAGUCUGCACAGAGCAUGGCGAAGGCGCCUCCUACGCUCUCGGCAUCGCCUUCGACGCGCGGAGACUCGACCUCGUCGAAUCGAUCUUGAACUCCCCCAGGGCCAUCGCACUCCCCCCCACACAGCCGAACUCCAAGUGCCAACUCAUGCUGUACUGCCUGGACCACGUACAGACGCUGAUUUCCUCCAAGUAUUUUAGGUCUCAAAUUAUAUCUUUGUUGACUGCGGAGUUCGAGAAGUGCCUUCCCGUGUACGCGAGCGGCGACGCCGAGAGCACGCAGAAACUUUCUGCAGAGGAGCAGGCAGAAGUCCGAGGCCUCCUCUUCUCGGGUCUCUGUCGCUGUCUGGUUGAGCAGGACGCGAGCGGCCGCGUCGCCGAAAUUCUCCACCAACUCCUCCAGGAGUCGUCUGGCGCAGAAGGCCUUCUGAUGGCAUCCCAGAUAGCCUUCGACAUCUUGCAAAUGGAGAACCAGUCUUUCCAGCAAGCUCUGCUGGACCACCCGCUGCUCCGCGCUCCAGAGGCUCCCGCAGGCGACCCAGAAAACUCGGGAGAGUCCGGGGAGCGCUCGACAGCAAAUGGCGAUGCCCCAGCCCCCGACGCAGAGAAGAAGGAAGAGAACAAAGAAGAGAAGAAAGAGGAGACGAAGGCGGAGAAGAAGGAUCCUGAGGAAGAAACUGAGGCGGAAAAGAAGAAGAAAUUGCUGAGGUCGAUUUUGAGUGGAGAAGCGCAGACGGCGUUCAGCAACCAGUUCCUUCAGCGCGAAAACCACACGGACUUGAUGCUCCUCGACCUCUACAAGCGAUCCAUAGACACACGGUCUUCUCUCCUCCACCACGGCGUCGUACUAAGUCACAUGCUCAUGCAAGCAGGCACCUCCUGCGACGUCUUUCUGCGAUGCAAUUUGGACUGGAUGGCCCGAGCGAACAACUGGGCGCGCUUCUCCGCCACGGCCUCUCUCGGCGUCAUUCACAAGGGUCAUGUGCGGGACAGCAUGAAGCUGCUGCGGACUUACCUGCCUGCCUCGGCGUCUUCUGCUGCUUCUUCUUCGCCGUACAGUGAGGGAGGCGCCUUCUACGCGUUGGGUCUGAUCAGCGCGAACCAGCCUUCCACCUCAGUUCGCGACUAUCUGCUCGAGCAACUGCAGGUCGCCGGCACUGCCAGCGAGCCGAAGCAGCAAGGAUGCUGUCUCGGACUUGGUCUCGUCUGCAUGGGGAACGCAGAAGACUCUGAGGUUUACGAAGCGUUGAAGCAAGUCUUGUUUCUGGACAGCGCCGUGGCGGGGGAAGCGGCUGCGCUCGGCGUCGGUCUGCUGCUGCUCGGGAGUUCGAACGCGGCGGCGGUUGACGAACUUCUCGCGUACGCGCAAGACACCCAACACGAGAAAAUUCGAAGAGCUUGUGGCAUCGCCGUCGCGCUGCUCAUGUUCAAAAAGGAGCAAGAGGCAGACGCUCUGAUCGAUCAACUGUGCAAGGACAGCGACGCGCUUAUUCGCUACGGCGGCAUGUUCACCAUCGCCAUGGCGUACUGCGCCACUGCCAAUAGCGGCGCCAUUCGCCGUCUGCUCCACGUAUCGGUUUCUGACGUGAGCGACGACGUGAGGCGGGCAGCAGUGAUCGCUCUUGGCUUCGUCCUUUGCGGGGACAGACAACAGCUUGCGCAAAUCCUCAAAAUCCUCAGCGGCUCUUUCAAUCCGCAUGUUCGGUACGGCGCCGCCCUCGCGCUCGCCGUGGCUUGCGCCGGCACUGGCCAGAAGGAAGUCGUCGACCUUCUUCUUCCUCUUUCCAGCGACUCCACAGACUUCGUUCGCCAAGGUGCCUUCAUCGGUCUAGGUUUUGUUCUGCAGCAAGUACCGGACGCCGCAUGCAGCGAAGCCGGAGCUGUCCGUCAGCAGCUGCAGCGUGUGAUUGCAGACAAACACGAAGAUGUGAUGGCGAGGUUCGGCGCUCUUCUCGCCUCAGGUCUAAUCGACGCAGGCGGAAGAAACGUGGUGGCGUCGAUGUUUUCCGCGAGCGGAGUUCUGCGGCAGGAAGCAGCUGUUGGUUUCUGCCUCGCGUUUCAAUUGUGGUACUGGUACCCGCUCAUUCACAUGGUUGCUCUCUCCUUCUCACCCUCGGCUCUCAUCGGCGUCACCAUCUCUAGCGCGCCAGCGCUCAAGAAGAAGGAAGAGAAGGCCGCGGAGAAGAAGGAUGAGAAGGCGACAGAUCAGAAGGGAGAGAAGCCAACGGAGACGAGUGAAUCCUCCGAGGUUGAGAAGUACGAACCGUACCUCGAGGGCAUGAGCAAGCUGCGUGUGCCGGCAGGCUGGAAGGUGGCGUGUGUGGGGGCAAAAAAAGGCCAAUUUGCGUACGUUCCCUCGCUCGCGAGUUUGGAGAAGAAGGAGGGGAAGAAACAGACCAUGAAAGCGGUGCUGAGCACCACAGCCAAGCGCAACCGACAACAGAAGAAGAAGGAAAACGAGAAAAAGGACGCCCCGGAGACUGCAAAAAACGAAGCCAUGGAUGUCGACGAGGAGCCGGCGAAGGAGACUGAAGUGACCAAGAACGAGGCUGACGCUUCUGCCAUGGACGUCGACUCAGAGGAAAAAAGUGAAGGAAGGAGCAAGACAGAGAAGGGAGAAAAGUCGGAGAAGGAAGGAGAGGAGGAGAACAAGGAUGGCACCGGAAAAGAAGUGGAGUUGAAGAAUCCCUGCCGCGUCCUACCCCAGCAGCUCCAGUGCAUUCAGCUGCUACCGAACUCGAGAUAUCAGCCGAUCUUCCCCGGACGAAAAGCUGGAUUCGUUCUUCUAAGAGACACCAUGCCCAGCGACCCAGACGAGUUCCUCGAGCCGAGAGGCGAGGCACCCGCAGCGGAAGAGAAGCCGACAGAGGAGAAGGAGCCUGAGCCGUUCACUCCUUUCGAAUGGUCAGGCUAAAGAAGG